GGUGGAGCCAUGGACCUUCCAAUUCCAAAUAAUAUUAUUAAUUAAUUAAUAAUAUUAAUAUUGGGGUUCGUAGUUCGUACAGUACAGAAACUGCAAAUUGGACAGACAGAGGAAUGACUUUCUUUCGUUUUUUGGAAAAUAAUAUGUAUCAUGUAAAUAUUCAUCAAAAAAUAUAUAUACAAGGAGAACAACACUCGAAGAUGAUUUCUUAUUAUUUUCUAGACUAGACUAGACUAGAAGAAUGAUUCUUCUUCUAAGAAUCCAAGUUUACCAUUUGGUUUGUGUAAGAAAUUUAUCAAAAUAUUGGGAAUGUGAAGCAGCAAGCAAAUGACGAAGCAGCAGCAAGCUCUGAGGAAUGUGUUGGACAAAUUUCCCCAUUCAAAUAUAAAUAUAAUCCUCCAAUGCCUCGGUUCGACUACUACUACUACAUGCCAUGCACGACAGGCUCAUGCCCACAUCCUCAAAACUGGCCUAUCCAACCAUGCUAAUCUCACCACCAAGCUCCUCUCUCUCUACGCCAACAACCAUUGCUUCCAUGAAGCCAGCCUCAUCCUUGACUCCGUCUCCGACCCCAACGUCUUUACCUUCUCUACUCUCAUCCAUGCCUAUUCAAAACUCAGUCGCUUUGCUGAUGCGCUCCGACUUUUUUCUCGUAUGAUAUCUCAUGCCCGCCUUCUGCCUGAUGCUCAUGUUUUCCCUAGUGUCUUCAAGGCUUGUGCUGGACUACGGGCCUUCAAACUCGGCCAACAGGUUCAUAGCUUUGCAUCCGUAUCUGGGUUUGCUUUUGAUUCUCUUGUCCAAUCCUCUUUGCUUCAUCUCUAUCUCAAAUGUGACCGUCUUAGAGAUGCCCACAAUUUGUUUGAUAAAAUUGCCCAACGGGAUGUUGUUACAUGGAGUGCUUUGAUUGCUAGUUAUUCAAGACGUGGAUGCAUACAUGAGGUGGAACAGCUCUUUUAUGAGAUGAGGUCUAUGGGCGUGGAACCCAACUUAGUGUCUUGGAAUGGUAUGAUUGCCGGUUUUAACCAUAGUGGGUCAUAUAAUGAGGCGGUUUUCAUGUUCCAAAAAAUGCAUUUUGAAGGCUUCCAGCCUGAUGGGUCUAGUAUUUCUAGUGUUCUGCCGGCUAUAGGAAACCUAGAGGAUUUAGUUUUGGGGAUCCAAAUUCAUGGUUAUGUGAUCAAGCAGGGUUUCAAUUCGGACAAGUGUGUGGUCACCGCACUUAUCGAUAUGUAUGGCAAGUGUGCCUGCACCUUAGAAAUGUCACAAGUUUUUCAUGAAAUAAAUGAGAUGGACAUAGGUGCUUGCAAUGCAUUCAUUACAGGUCUCUCGCGAAAUGGUCAAGUUAACAAUGCACUGGAGGUAUUCCGGCAAUUCAAAGGCCAAGGGAUGGAAUUGAAUGUUAUUUCUUGGACAUCAAUGAUCGGCAGUUGUUCUCAAAAUGGGAAAGACAUGGAAGCUUUAGAACUUUUCAGAGAGAUGCAAAUUGUGGGAGUGAAGCCAAACUCCGUGACAAUUCCUUGCUUGCUUCCAGCUUGUGGCAAUAUUGCGGCACUAAUGCAUGGGAAGGCAGCCCAUUGCUUCUCUCUUAGAAGGGGAUUCUCUAAUGAUGUGUAUGUAGGUAGUGCAUUAAUUGACAUGUAUGCAAACUGUGGAAAAAUCCAGUUGUCUCGGCUUUGUUUUGAGAAAAUGCCCACAAAAAAUUUGGUGUGCUGGAAUGCAAUUAUGGGUGGAUAUGCAAUGCACGGCAAGGCUAAGGAAACUAUGGAAACAUUCAACUUGAUGCAGACUAAUGGACAGAAGCCUGAUUUUAUCAGCUUCACUUGUGUAUUAUCUGCAUGCAGCCAGAAUGGCCUAACUGAAGAAGGGUGGUAUUACUUUAAUAGCAUCUCACAAGAGCAUGAUAUGGAAGCUAGGAUGGAGCAUUAUGCUUGCAUGGUAACGCUUCUUGGUCGGGUUGGAAAACUUGAAGAGGCUUAUUCUAUGAUUAAGACUAUGCCUUUUGAACCUGACGCUUGUGUUUGGGGAGCUUUACUUAGUUCUUGUAGAGUUCACAGUAACGUGACUUUAGGUGAGAUUGCUGCCAGAGAACUCUUUAAGUUAGAACCAAGCAAUCCAGGGAAUUACAUACUUCUAUCAAACAUUUAUGCUUCCGAGGGCAAGUGGAUUGAAGUGGAUAAAGUGAGGAAUAUGAUGAAGAGUUUAGGUUUGAGGAAGAAUCCUGGCUGCAGUUGGAUUGAGUUAAAGAACAAGGUACACAUGCUACUUGCAGGAGACAAGUCACAUCCUCAAAUAGACCAAAUUAUUGAAAAGUUGGAUAAAUUGAGCAUGGAGAUGAAAAAAUUAGGUUACUCUCCUAAUACUGACUUUGUUCUCCAAGAUGUGGAGGAACAGGACAAGGAGCAGAUUUUAUGUGGGCACAGUGAGAAGUUAGCAGUAGUUUUUGGGCUUUUGAACACAAGUCCAGGUUCUCCUCUUCGGGUCAUUAAGAAUCUCAGAAUAUGUGGUGACUGCCAUGCUGUUAUAAAAUUUAUCUCCAACUUUGAAGGGAGGGAGAUUUCUGUAAGGGACACAAAUCGGUUUCAUCAUUUCAAAGAUGGAGUUUGUUCUUGUGGGGAUUAUUGGUAGAUUGAUGAAACGGUUAAUUAGGGAAAGCCAUCUUUACCAUUCAAAAGAAUAUUAAUAUGUAUCAUAUUCAAAACAUUGUCAUUCUAUUGCUUCAGUCCACAAAUUUGUAUUGACACUAAAUUAGUGUCAAAAUAGCAUUUCUCCUCUGCUGUACA